AUGUCCACCUGUACGAUGGUGCUCACCGAGCCCUUGACGGGGCUCAUAUCUUCACCAACCAUCUAUCUCGACGACAAGGGUGACUUGCGUCUUGUCGUUGGGGCUGAGAUUGACGAGACUCCCCAAGACUUCGUCGUGUGCUCAAGGGCACUCGGACGCAGCUCCCCAGUGCUGAAGACAAUGUUGUUUGGUGGGUUUGCAGAGUCUCGCCCUGCGGAAAACGGUGGGGAGUGGAGUGUCAACUUGCCCGAAGAUGCAACAGAGGCGAUGGAAAUCGUCUUGAACAUCGUCCAUGGCCGCUUCAACCUUGUUCCCGAGAAGCUCACCUUGAUGCGACUCUACGACGUUCUCACAAUCACUGAGAAAUACGACAUGACGGUGAUCACGCGACCUUGGGCACGCUCGUGGAUGCAAGGUGUGAAGCACCAGAAAGACAACGCGCAUCUGCUGUGCGUUGCUUGGGAGCUUGGCGAUAUGGAGACCUUCGAGGAGAUGUACAAGAAGAUCACCUUUGAGUCCGGCAUCGACUUGAAGGGACGACACGUCUUUGGGCACUCUGGCCGAGUCUGGAAGGCAGGACCGGAAGGUUACAACUUUCCUCUCGAGAGGAUUGUAUACCUACGGCCGCCUGGAGUCUUUGAGAGCAUCGAGAAACACCGCCAGACGCUGGUUUCGGCCAACCUGGAACGGUUCGUCAUCCUUUACAGAUGCCUCAAGGAAGGCUGCCGGUACAUGAAGGGAUACUACCACAGCUCUCCAGAUGCUGAAGAGUGUAACAGCAUGCUCUUGGGCUCUCUGGUGAGAUGUCUGGCAAAGGGCAAGGUAGACAUCACGAUGCCUAGCCCGUGCGAGUCGUACAGGGGAAGCGUGGAAGCGCUGGAAAAGGCGACGGCCGCUGUGAAGCUGUUGACGGUGCACCGUCCCUCUCCAGCAAACCAGUGUCUGAAGAGGAUAGAGGAGGAACUUGCAAAGGGCGCAAUGGCUGCGACUGUCACGAAAUCGGAGUUGGUGGUUCUUGAGCCGGAGCAGCGGGAACAUCUUCAAAAACAGGCUCACAAGACUGGAGCUGUCAUGGCUGGGUAG